AUGACUCUCUUUUUUCUCGGACUAGCAACCCAUUUCUCCCCUCCAUUCGAAAAGGACAGGUUCGCCUCAGGUGACCCGCUCUCCACAUCGCCAACACCUUUGCUCCUUAUAACUGGCCGGAAAGUGCCCGACCACACCAUGUCCAGCAUCUCAAAGGUCUUAUUUGCACUGGGGCCACCCCUGCAUCUUACUUUUUUCACGGGUGACCAAUCGACGUUUCCCAGACCCUUUUCUUUCUCGUGGGGCGACGAGAGUAUUAACUCGCUUUAUCCCCAGUUUACAUCCUCUCUCUGCUGUACACCACCGAGCCUUGUGCCCGAACUCGCCACAAGUCGUGCAGUCUGGCCCCAAAGACCUUGGGUCGCCUCCAUAGUUUGUCAGACAGUCAUGCGGGCUGAUGCCCACCAUACUUGCAAGUCCAGCACACCAGCCCAUAUCGGCCUGGUGUGGGCUUUCUCUCCUUCUUCUUGCUGCAGCCGGAAUAAUUUCUUGACUGCCUCAAUGGCCGUAUGUUCACUUGCGUAUUGCCGCACUAGAGCGGAUUUAAGCUCAGUCCACGUCAGGGCCGGUAACUUGGACACCUGCCCUGCUGCGGUGUCGUUUUAUGUAGAAACUAUCGCUCAACUACGGGAUAAACCAGCAAUUGAAUUAUUCUAUUUCAAUGCAAAACAAGCUAUAUAUAAGGGCCAGAUUGAAUGUGACAGUGAGACUGUAUUUGAACUCGCUGCUCAUGUUUUGCAAAUAACAUAUGGAAAUUUUACAACUGCUGAUGCUGCUCGGGAUGAUUUGAAGAAAUUAUGUGUGGUUCCCACCAGAACAUUACAGGAACACCCCUCCCUGGGCUACUGUGAGGAAAGGGUGUUAUUCCAUUACCAAAAACUUGAAGGAUCAACUAGAGGCUUAGCCAUUGUCAAUUAUAUGACAAUAUGUGAAAGUCUUCCAACAUAUGGAAUCCACUAUUAUGAAGUGAAAGAUAAGAAAGACAUUCCAUGGUGGCUAGGAAUAAGUCAUAAAGGUAUUGCUGUCUAUGAUAAAACAGACAAACAGACGCCACGAAAGAUAUUCCAUUGGAAACAAUUAGAAAAUCUGUAUUAUCGAGACAAGAAAUUUUCUGUUGAAGUUCAUGAUCCAAAGCGUAUCAUCCAUACGCUGAGCAGUUUCAACCUGUAUGAGGAUGCCAUUCAAGAACCUAUUGAUGAGUUUGAUGCCCUAUCAGAUGCCCUAUCAGAUCCUACCACCCAUGUAUGUGUUUCUCUCUUUCCUUUUUUCAUUUGUUUUUUUCUUUUUUGCUUAUUUAUUCCAUGUUCUUUAUUUUUUUUUUGUUUCUUUCUUUGUCUUUCAUUCUUAGUUUCCACUCUUGUUUUUUCUUUCUUUCGUUCUUGGUUUCUGCUCUCACGUUUAUUCUUUUGUUCAUUCUUUUCUUUAGUUCUUGUUUCUGUUCUCAGGACUUCCUUUCUUUUGUUCUUUGUUUCUGUUUUUUUUUUUUUUUUUUUUCUUCCUUUCAUUCUCAGUUUCUUUCUUUUUAUGUUUUUUUUCUUCCUUUCAUUCUCAGUUUCUUUUCUUUUAUGCUUUUGUUCUUGGUUACAGCUCACUCUCUCUUUUUUCUUUCAUUCUUGUUUUUUUUUUUUUUUUUUUUUUUUUCUUUCAUUCAUGGUUUCUGGUCUCAAGUGUUUUCUUUUGUUCGUCCUUGACUGUUGCUCUGUUUUCCACGCGUUCUUGGUUUCUCUCUUUUUUCUGCUCAUUCUUAGUUUCUCCUCUUUUUUCUGCUCAUUCUUAGUUUCUCCUCUUUUUUUCCGCUCGUUCUUGGUUUCUCCUCUCUUUUUCCCCUCCGCUCGUUCUUGGUUUCUGCUCUCUUUUUCCCCCCCACCUCGUUCUUGGUUUCUCCUCUCUUUUUCCCCCCGCUCGUUCUUGGUUUCUCCUCUUCUUGGUUCCCCCCCCCCCCCGCUCGUUCUUGGUUUCUGCUCCUUUUUCCCCCCCCUCCGCUCGUUCUUGGUUUCUGCUCUUUUUUUCCCAUCCUUCUUGGUUUCUUGGUUUCUGCUCUUUUUUCCCCUCCGCUCGUUUUUUCCCCCCCAUUCGUUCUUGGUUUCUGCUCUUUUUUCCCCCCGCUCGUUCUUGGUUUCUGCUCUCUUUUCCCCUCCGCCCCAUCGUUCUUGGUUUCUGCUCUCUUUUUUCCCCUCCGUUCUUGGUUUCGUUCUUGGUUUCUGCCUCUUUUCUCCCCCCGCUCGUUCUUGUUCUUGGUUUCUGCUCUUUUUCCCCCACCUUCUUGUUCUUGGUUUCUCCUCUGUUUCCCCCGCGCUCGUUCUUGGUUUCUGCUCUUUUCUUUUCUUUUCCCCUUUUUCCCCCCACCUUGUUCUUGGUUUCUGCUCUCUUUUCCCCCUCCGCUCGUUCUUGUUUCUUGGUUUCUGCUCUCUUUUCCCCUCCUUUUCGUUCUUGGUUUCUGCUCUUUUUUCCCCCCACUCGUUCUUGGUUUCUGCUCUCUUUUUCCCCUCCGCUCGUUCUUGGUUUCUGCUCUCUUUUUUCCCCCGUCUUGGUUUCUGCUCUUUUUCCCCCCCCUCGUUCUUGGUUUCUGCUCUUUUUCCCCCCCGCUCGUUCUUGGUUUCUGUUCUUGGUUUUCCCCCCUCCGCUUCGUUCUUGGUUUCUGCUCUCUUCCCCCCUGCUCGUUCUUGGUUUCUGCUCUCUUUUCUUGGUUUCCCCUCCCCUCGUUCUUGGUUUCUGCUCUCUUUUUUCCCCACUCGUUCUUGGUUUCUGCUCUUCCCCCCCCUCGUUCUUGGUUUCUGCUCUUUCCCCCCCGUUCUUGGUUUCUGUUCUUGGUUUCUGCUCUUUUUCCCCCGCUCGCUCGUUCUUGGUUUUCUGCUUUCUUUCCCCCCCCCGCCCCCGCUCGUUCUUGGUUUCUGCUCUCUUUUUCCCCUCCGCUCGUUCUUGGUUUCUGCUCUCUUUUUCCCCUCCGCUCGUUCUUGGUUUCUGCUCUCUUUUCUCCCCCCGCUCGUUCUUGGUUUCUGCUCUCUUUUUUUUUUUUCUUUUGUUCAUCCUUGA